UUUAUAUUGAAGCCACAGGAAGACAACCCCGGCCACUGCUGCUUCAACACACACACACACACACACCCACACACACACUCACACCACACACACUCUGCAUGCACACAGCAGAAAAGAUGGCAGUUUUGUUUGGAACUUACUCGCUGCCUUUCUUUGCAGUGAGCAUCUUCAUUGCUGCUCUGACCUACAUCACCUACAAGCUGCUGAGCAGCUACCUGUACAAAUGGUUCGAGAUGAAGCCUAUCCCAGAGAUGGAAGGGACGUAUCCCAUCAUUGGAAAUGCGCUGAUGCUCAAAAACAACGCAGGAGAUUUUUUCCGUCAAAUCGUGGAAUUCACCCAAGAGUUCUCUGGUGCACCACUGUUCAAAAUCUGGCUUGGACCACUUCCGCUGGUGGUCCUGUUUCAUGCUGAGACGGUGGAGCCGGUCCUGAACAACCCGAUUCAUAUGGAAAAAUCCUACGUAUACAACUUCCUCCACCCCUGGCUUGGAACUGGCCUUCUUACCAGUACUGGGCCUAAGUGGCGUCAGCGGAGAAAGAUGCUGACUCCCACCUUCCACUUCUCCAUCCUGACGGACUUCCUGGAGGUGAUGAACGAGCAGGCCGAGAUCCUGGUGGACAAGCUGGACAAGCAGGCAGGGAAGGGUCCAUUCAACUGCUUCAGUUACGUGACACUGUGUGCCCUGGACAUUAUCUGUGAAACUGCAAUGGGAAAGAAAGUGUACGCCCAGAGUAACUCUGAGUCUGAGUAUGUUAAAAGCGUCUACAAAAUGAGUGACAUCGUCAGCCGCAGACAGAGGGCACCUUGGUUUUGGCCUGACUCCGUGUACAAUUGCUUCGGAGAGGGCCGGGAGCAUGAAAAGACACUCAAGGUCUUACAGUCCUUUACGUACAAGGUUAUACGCGAAAGAGAAGAGAACAUUUCCAACGUUGAAGCAGACAGCGACUCUGACGGCGGCACAAAGAAAAGACAAGCAUUUCUGGACAUGCUGCUGAAGACCACAUAUGAGGACGGCAGUAACAUGAGCCAUCAGGACAUUCAGGAGGAGGUGGACACCUUCAUGUUCGAGGGACAUGAUACUACAGCUGCCUCCAUGAACUGGGUCCUGCAUCUGCUGGGCUCCCACCCCGAGGCGCUCCGCAAAGUUCAACAAGAGCUUCAGGAGGUGUUCGGUUCGUCCGACCGGCCCAUUAACACAGAGGACCUGAAGAAGCUCAAAUACCUGGAGUGUGUGAUCAAAGAGUCCCUGCGACUGUUUCCCUCUGUGCCUUUCUUCGGUCGCAACAUCGGUGAAGACUGCCGUAUCAAUGGUUUCAAGGUGCCAAAGGGUGCUAAUGCCGUCAUCGUUACCUACGCUCUCCACCGCGACCCGCGAUACUUCCCCGAGCCCGAGGAGUUCAGGCCCGAGCGCUUUAUGCCGGAGAACUCAGUGGGACGGCCUCCGUACGCAUACAUCCCCUUCUCUGCUGGACUCCGCAACUGCAUCGGUCAGCGGUUUGCGCAGAUGGAAGAGAAGGUGGUGUUGGCCUACGUUCUGCGUAACUUCAGCAUCGAAGCCUGUCAGACGCGUGAAGAGCUGCGGCCCGUCGGAGAGCUCAUCCUCAGACCGGAGAAGGGCAUCUGGAUCAAACUGGAAAAGAGGAAACCCCAGACUUCCUCAGACUAGUCGACAGGAGGGUAUUCGCCGAGAACAUCCUCCAUCGUGGCCUUUAUCCACACACUUCUGCUGGUGGCGCACACUGUGAUGUUUUCUGAAUCCGCCUCGAGAGGUCAGGGAGAGUAGUGACCUGGUGUUUAGUUUUGAGACGGUUCUCAUCAUCGUAGACAUCAUAAUUACAAGAAUUAAGUCCUGCAAAAAUAAAUUGGGAUCAUUUUUUGUUGGUUUUGGGGACAUAGCUGCGUGGCGCACUAUUCCGGCUCUGUGUGUAUCAACAACUCUGCACUAUUUUCGUGCCUCAAGAAUGUUUCAGAACAAAAUGAUCGUGUAAAUAUGUUAUUUUAUUUUGAUUAUUAAAAUGCAAUAAAUAGCUAAGCAGGGAUGCCACUGUAUCUGGGAAUGCAGCGAUUUUUAAUCCCAUUGUACAUCUGUCUCACGUUCUUUUUAGUGACCUCUCUGAAAGUUUUGUCCUUUAAUAUUCUCAAUCUUCAGGAUACAGGUAUGACAAAAAUCAAGCUCGAAAUGCUUCAGAUGAUUUUGAUUAUGUUCGUCUGACUGUGUCUGAUUUAUGGAUUGAAAUGAGACUUUAUACACAUUUUGUCAUAUCAUCUGAUAAUGAAAUGCUCGAGCCCUCAAACUCUGAGGUGCAGAAAGAUCUAACUAACAAACAGAGACUCGUAUGACAUCUCCUAGUCACUUUGAGUAGCUGAGGGAGUGUGAUGUUGAUGAAACUAUGAAAGCUGGAUGACACAUACUUCAUCACAAAGGGGCAGAAGAAAACAGAAUCUCAAACUCUGACAACAAUCGACUACUAUGGCUGAUGUGUUGCUGUACCCACGCAGCAGAUAAAGGAACAACGUUAUCAUCCAACUGUUGUUCUCCGUGUCAAACAAGUGAUUGAACACAUUACACUGUUGAAAUAAAUGAUCUGAAUCUA